AUGACCCUGAACACGCAGCGCGGGGCGCGCAGCCCGCUGCGCCGCAGGGCCAGCACGCCGCUGCCGCUGCCGCUGUCACAGCAGGCGCGGGCCGAGGCCGGGCACCCCCACGCAGCGCCGUGGCCGGCACGGGAGGCGGGCGGCCCCGCUGCGGGCUGCGCGGGCGCCUCGGAGCCCGUGUACCGCGUGGUGCUGCUGGGCGACCCCGGCGUGGGCAAGACCAGCCUGCUCAACCUCUUCGCUGGCGUCCAGGAGCCGCUGGAGCAGCGGGGAGAGGCCGCGUACGAGCGCACGCUGUGCGUGGACGGCGAGGAGACCAGGCUGCUGGUGAUGGACACGCGGGAGCCGGAGAAGCGGGGCGAGGGCAGCCGGUGCCUGCAGGUGGGCGACGCCUACGUCCUCGUCUACUCCGUCACCGACCGCGGCACCUUCGAGAGCGCCUCGGAGCUGCGCAUCCAGCUGCGGCGCGCGCGGCAGGCCGACGACGUGCCCAUCAUCCUGGUGGGCAACAAGAGCGACCUGGUGCGCUGCCGCGAGGUGUCCGAGGAAGAGGGCCAGGCGUGCGCCGUGGUCUUCGACUGCAAGUUCAUCGAGACGUCGGCRCCGCUGCAGCACAACGUGGCCGAGCUCUUCGAGGGGGUGGUGCGGCAGAUCCGGCUGCGGCGCGGCGGGCGCGGCGCGGGCGCGCACUCCGCGCACCGGCGCAAGGAGAGCCUCACGGCGCGCGCCCGCCGCUUCCUCGACCGCCUGGUGCCCGGGAACAGCAGGAAAGUGGCGCUCAAGGUGCGCUCCAAGUCCUGCCACGACCUCUCCGUGCCCUGA